ACGGAGCAACGCUCACUGCGGAGUCUAAUUUGGGAAGCGCAGUGCCUCGUCCGACCGCGAACGGGGAAUCCCGUUUCGUGCCGCCCGAGCCCGAAGCCCAAAUCUGGCUGCAAUAGCCCGAUCCGUCCCGUGACGAGCACAUUCUAAUCGGCGUAUCCGUGGUUCGUCCUCAUCCUGGCUUUCUCCUGAUCCCCAUGAGCGAUUGCGUUCGCCGGAAGUCGCCGAUGUAUCGCGGCGGCGGCAGAGGGGGAAUUCGAGAUAGGGUUUAUGCCUCCCUGGAUUGAUGAUCUGUCAGCUCGUGCCCGGACAAGACCGAUGACGGGAUUUCUUGGUAGUUUCCUGCUGCCUCUACUGCUUCUGGCAGCUUCUUUGGUUGGUUGGAAUUUGAUUUCUCUGGUCAAUAUGCUCUUGUUUUUUGCCAUUCAAUUUACUACUCCAAGAGUAGGAUUCAAUUCUUGGAGAGUGUAUACUAUAGCUUGCUGUACUGUCAUCUUUUCAGUACUUGUGCUUAUAGCAGAAACAAUAUUUCAUAUUCUUUGGCAUAUUAAAGGGGACAAAUGGAUUGUUGCUGAUGCUGGCUGGUUCAAGCUAAUUGGAUUUGUGAGAGACCAGCCAUGGGGACCAACAUCAGCUAUUUAUUUUGUUAUUAUACAGCUAUCAACUGCUCUUGUUGCUUUAGUUGAAGUUCUCAGUAAUAGAUUUCACCAAGGCUCUUUCUUGCUAAACUUUUCAAUGUCUACAAAUGAUAUAGGUUAUCACCUGAGAGUUGUUUGCUGUUUAAUCCUUCCAGCUAUUCAGCUGGUUGUGGGAAUUAGUCAUCCAUCUUGGAUAUCUCUACCCUUCUUUAUUUGUAGUUGUAUUGGCCUUGUUGAUUGGUCUCUAACUAGCAACUUUCUUGGCCUUUUUCGGUGGUGGAGGCCUCUCCUGAUAUAUACUUGCUUCAGUAUUCUUCUCAUUUACACCUACCAGCUUCCUGUGAGUUUUCCUAACAUGUUCCUCACAUUUGCUGAUUUUGUUGGCCUGUACAAAAUAACAGGAAGAUCAGACUUUCCCGAACUCUGUUCUGGGGCAUCUCUUCUUUUAUUUUACUACAUGUCUUCAGUAUGCCUCUUAUGUAUAACUAUUGGCAUUUAUGAUCCAUAUUCUUCUUCUGAUCAUUACCUGCUACCUUUUAGGGACUAUUUUGCAUUAUCGCCAUUUGUUUAUAUCAUUCCAUGGACUAGGGAAACUAGUGGGGUUGAAAUUCACUGCCAUGAUUGUUGGAGUAAGUCAGACCGCUACUUCAGAUUUUGCAAGCAAUGUUGGCUAGGGAUGAUUGUUGAUGAUUCACGAAUGCUUGUGAGCUACUAUUUGGUUUUUAUCUUUUCUUCUUUCAAACUCCGUGCUGAUCAUUAUUUAGGCUUCUCUGAAUCACAUACCUACUUUCAGAUGAUGUCCCAAAGGAUAAGGGCAUCUGUAUGGAAAGAUCUCUCAUUUGAAACAAAAAGCUUCUGGACAUUUCUUGACUAUCUGAGGCUGUACUCUUAUUGCCAUUUACUAGAUAUUGUACUUGCCUUAAUUUUGAUUACUGGAACUUUGGAAUAUGAUGUUUUGCAUCUUGGAUACCUUGGCUUUGCCCUUGUGUUCUUCCGGAUGAGACUAGAAAUACUUAAAAAGAAGAACAAAAUCUUCAAAUUUUUGCGAAUAUAUAAUUUUACAGUCAUUGUACUUUCUCUUGCCUAUCAAUCUCCCUAUCUUGGUGUCUUUAGUGCUGGCAAGUGUGAGCAGAUUGACUACAUAUAUGAGGUUAUUGGUUUUUAUAAAUAUGAUUAUGGAUUCAGAAUAACAUCAAGGUCUGCGUUGGUUGAGAUAAUAAUUUUUCUUCUAGUUUCUGUGCAGUCAUAUAUCUUCUACCCUGGAGAGUUUGAUUAUGUAGCGAGAUAUCUUGAAGCAGAACAUAUUGGUGCUAUGGUUCAAGAGCAAGAAAAAAUGGCUUCUUGGAAAAUUGCACAAUUGCAGCAUACCCGUAAAACAUUAGAACAAAAAUGUCAACGGAAUAUGCAAGUUGAAAAGAUAAAAUCUGAGAUGCUUAAUCUACAAGUUCAGCUCAAUAGCUUUAACUCUGUUCAGCCUCUUGACGAUGGCACACUGCAAACAGGUCUUCGACACAGAAGCUCAUCCAUCAGUAAAGAAAAAGUAGGUUGGAUGCCGGAUAACAAAUUUAGAUCACCUUCUAAGAAGGAUGAGGAUAGCAAUAAUGAAUUCUACCAUUCCUUUGACUUUGCAGUGCCUGAAAUAUACACAAAUGUCACGUCUCAGUUAUUAUCUGAUUUCCAAAGCUCACCAACUAGUGCAAAAAGCGGAAGCUCAAUUUCUGUAGAUAUGAAGCAUAACUCAGAUAAUAUUUGUGAGAUAAGCGAAGUUGGUGAUAUAGAUGAAUUAACAUUGUGGAAUACACAUAGAAGAGAGAGAGACAAGAUCAAGAAUAAAGAGAAUCCUUUGUCUUCUGCCGUGCAGCUAAUUGGUGAUGGUGUUUCACAAGUUCAGUCUCUUGGAAAUCAGGCAGUUACUAACAUUGUGAGUUUCUUAAACAUUGAGCCUGAAGACCCUAAUUCAACUGGGCAUUCCAAUACAGAUGCUGCAAUAGAUAAGGGACUAGAGAGACAGUGGAAUGCAGAAUAUGCUUAUUCGGAUGAAAUGUCCUCUGUUAAUUCUAGUACAGCCACAACAAGACCAUCAGCUAGUUUGCAAAUAGGAAGGAUCUUUCAGUUUAUAUGGUCACAAAUGCGCUCAAAUAAUGAUGUUGUUUGCUACUGUUGCUUCAUACUUGUGUUUCUGUGGAAUUUUAGUUUGCUAUCAAUGUUUUACCUUGCUGCUCUUUUCCUUUAUGCCCUUUGUGUAAAUUCUGGCCCUACUUUCAUGUUCUGGAUUAUAAUGCUGAUCUACACUGAGUUCAAUAUUUUGGUGCAAUACUUGUAUCAGAUUAUUAUCCAGCACUGUGGACUGAUCAUGGAGCUACCUCUAUUGCAAAAAUUGGGGUUCCCUGAACAUAAAAUAAAGGCAUCCUUUGUUGUAAGCACAUUACCUCUGUUUCUUGUGUAUAUAUCAACUCUUCUGCAAAGUUCAAUAACAGCCAAAGACGGUGAGUGGGCACCAGUGGCAGAUUUUAAAAUUUCAUUUGGCCAACAUCAUUUUGACGAAGGCUUUAGGUCAGUAACUGGUUGGAAGGAUAAGAUGCAAAGGCUAAUUUCAUCACUAAUGAAUCCAUUGUGGAUGAUAUCGAGAAGCUUCACUAGGUACUGGAGGUCAAUUACUCGAGGAUCAGAGGCACCCCCAUACUUUGUACAACUGUCGAUGGAAGUUAAUCCAUGGCCAGAUGGUGGAAUCCAACCAGAGAGCAUAGAAUCUAAAAUAAAUGAGUUGCUUAUUAAAUCUCAUGAAAAAAAAUGUGAUGCCGAAGAUGAAUUGCCAUGCCAUUCUGCUAGUAGAGUUCGAAUUCAAAGCAUUGACAGAAGUCAAGAAAAUAACAAUAUCAUUCUUGCUGUUCUUGAAGUUGUGUAUGCUUGUGCUCCUGUCAGAUGUGUCCCAGUAGAAUGGUACAGAUCAUUAACUCCAGCUGCAGAUGUAGCAGCAGAGAUUCAGAACUCUCUUGAAUUUGGAAUUCUCAAAAAUAUUCAAUUCCCAUACCCUAUUAUUUCUGUGAUUGGAGGCGGCAAAAGAGAAAUUGAUUUAUAUGCAUAUGUAUUUGGUGCUGAUUUGGCAGUUUUCUUUCUAGUUGCUAUGUUUUAUCAAUCAGUUAUCAAGAACAAUAGCAAGCUUAUUGAUGUUUAUCGACUCGAAGAUCAGUUUCCCAAGGAAUUUGUUUUCAUACUGAUGGUACUCUUUUUCUUAAUUGUUCUUGACCGCAUUAUAUACCUAUGUUCUUUUGGCAUCACCAAAGUUAUUUUUUACCUUUUCAAUCUCAUCCUCUUCACAUACUCAAUCACAGAUUAUGCUUGGUCUAUGAGAAUAUCAAGCAAUCAUAUUGGAGAACUCGCUCUUCGAGCUAUAUUUGUAACAAAAUCUAUUUCCUUAGUAUUACAGGCAUUACAAAUCCGCUAUGGGAUUCCAAACAAAAGCACCUUAUAUCGUCAUUUUUUGACAAGCAAAGUUACACAAAUACAUUAUUUGGGUUUUAGACUUUACCGUGUUAUACCAUUCUUAUACGAACUCCGAUGUGUACUGGAUUGGUCAUGCACAUAUACAUCUCUGACAAUUUAUGAUUGGUUGAAGUUGGAGGACAUCUAUGCAAGUUUAUUUCUUGUCAAAUGUGAUGCUGAUCUAAACAGAGCAAGACACAAUCUAGGCCAAAGACAAAGUAAAAUGACCAAAUUCUGCAGUGGCAUUUGUUUAUUCUUCAUUUUAAUAUGUGUAAUCUGGGCCCCUAUGCUGAUAUACAGCAGUGGUAAUCCAACCAACAUAGCUAAUCCUGUAGUUGAUGUUAGUAUUCAAAUUGAUAUCAAAUCAUUGGGUGGGAGGCUCACCCUAUACCAGUCAACUAUAUGUGAAAAAUUUCCCGGGGGCAGUCUGGGUAACUAUGACAUACUUAACCUUCAUAAUUAUCUGGAUACAUACAAUAUCGACGACAUUCAACUGAUCUGCUGUGAAGCUGAUUCAAGCACCAUUUUUAUGGCCCCCUCUAUAGUUCAGAGCAGAUAUGCCAGAUCCAUUGAUCAAAAUACCACUAUUAUUUUCACUUGGAUCUUCACAAGGGAGAGGCCAAAGGGGAAGGAAGCUGUGAAAUAUGAAUCAAAUGUUGAAAAUUGUCCCUGCUUAGAUAAUGUCAAACAAGUGCUGAGUGGCACUGGCACACUAGAUGGAUUUAAUAUACCUGAUGCUUAUCCUCAAUACUUUCGGGUAACUAGCUCUGGUGAAGUAAGGCCUCUUGAAGCACUUGUAAAAUCUGUAAGUGGCGAUCUUUUCAUAAAUAAUGGGAACCCUCCAUGGUGGUCCUUCAAUAUUAAUGUUACAGAUUCCCAAGAAUGCAAUGGACUGAUUGGACCAAGUGUUGUUGUUGUGUCUGAAGAGACACCACAAGGUAUCCUUGGUGAAACUAUUAGCAAGUUCAGCAUCUGGAGUCUCUAUCUUACUUUUGUUCUGGCUGUUGGACGAUUUAUUAGACUUCAGUGUUCUGACUUGAGAAUGAGAAUACCCUAUGAGAAUCUCCCCUCAUGUGACAGACUGAUAGCAAUAUGUGAGAACAUAUAUGCUGCUCGAGCUGAAGGCGAGUUAGAAGUUGAGGAGGUUCUCUAUUGGACCCUAAUAAAGAUCUACAGAUCUCCACACAUGCUUCUCGAGUACACCAAGUCAGAUUGAAACUAGGCAUCCAUGUCACUAAAGAUUGAUUGGACACACAAAGAAGAUUACAGACAUGUGAAGAACAUUACAGCAAUUGACAUCAAAAUCAAAAGUUUGUUUAUUUCAUUUGGCAUCAAAAUGUACUUGAGAAGUUUUGAAUUUAGCUCUUCUUAGAUUUAUCAAAUUAAUUAUUUAUUUGUUUGCAGAUGAGUUUGUCUGAAAUAGGUAACAUUGGAUUGCCAUUUUUUGGCAACAUCCAAAUGCCAUGAUAACCUCGUUAAUCUUAGGUGUAACAAUAUAUGUAAAUAGAUGUUACUUACAAAGCUUAAUUUUUCUUGUAUUUAUACACCGUUUGUCUUAUAUCAAGUUGUGCAACUUUGCAAACUUACAUGCAAGUCCUUUUUUUAUUGUGGAACUCUAUAGGCUGAAUGUAUCUUGUUCUUGGAACUCUCAUGCUAAAAGUGUACAUUCAGGGUUAGUGGCAUGGUGAUAUUUAUUUGCUUUCAACUCAUGUGACUGAUCUUGUAUUUUAGUUUAUUUCUGAUUUUUUUCAGAGUUAAAACAGCUUGAAGUCAUUUUUUUCAUCAAUUGUUGAACAAAAGUAUCUACAAAGU